AUGAUACCCUUCAGCUCCAUCCUCGAAUGUGUCCUCGGCAAGUUGGCGAGGGAGCCACUUCCUCCCACUUCCUCCCGAUCCCCCGAGUCCGUUGCUUCCAGUAUCGUCACAAAGAUCCUGAAUGCUGAGGAGCCCUAUGAGCUUCACAAACAACUGAACGAGGAAAUCUCCACAAACGGCUGGUCCGACGCCAUAGCAAGAGCUACUCUUCACGGUCUGGAGAAUGCAAUCAGAGCUGGUGCGGAGAUGGCGCGAGCUGCGGCUGAUGCUGCGGCCCAAAGUAAAGAUGCCGCUUUUGACUUUGUAACGGACCAUCCCGUUUAUGCUACCCUCAUUGCAUUGGGUAUUUUGGCGUUGCUGACACCAUGGGCUCUUGAAAUUAUUGGGUUCGGAGAUUUGGGUCCAAUUGAGGGCUCAUUUGCGGCAGCUUGGCAAAGACAAUAUGCUGGAUAUGUUCCCAAGAAAGCUUUGUUUGGUUAUUUUCAGAGGCUGGGAAUGAAAUGGCAUUGGGUUGUUUGA